AUGCCGUUCGCGCUCGCGGCUCCCGCGGCGACGCCCGUCGUCGCCGCUCGCGGCCGACGCCGCGCGGAGCGCCCCCGCGACCGCGGCGUCGCGUCAGUCGCGACGCGCGCGUCUCGCGCGUCGGACGGCGACGCCGCGUCAGCCAUUAUCGUCGUCGACGACGUCACCCGACGCGAAUCUAUCCUCUCCUCCGCCGCGCUCCUCCUCGCGCUCGGCGGCGCGUCGCCUCAGCGCGCUCUCGCCGCGGAGCCGAUCAAAUCGAGCUUCUACGACUACACCGUCAUGCAGUACGGCAAGCCGUUCGCGCUCAGCGCGUUCGCGAACGACGUCACCGUCGUCCUGAACGUCGCGUCGGAGUGACCCCUGCAGAACGCGAACUACCCAGCCCUCCGGUCGUUGUACGAGAAGUACCACGCGGACGGGUUCGGGCUGAUCGCGUUCCCCGCGAACCAGUUCGGCUGCCAAGCCCCCGGGACGAGCGAGAUGGAGCGAGAGUACGCGUACCGAAAGUUCGGGUUCGAGUUCCCGGUGAUGGACAAGAUCGCCGUCAAGGACAAGCCCGCGCGGUGCAAGGGCGUGGACCCGGCGUCGUACGAAUCGUUCAAGGACGACCCGGACGCGUAUCUCACCGCGCCGCUGAUCGACGACGUCACGUCGUCGUCGCCGAUCGCGCCCGUGUACGCGUUUCUGAAGCAGCCGCCGUUCGAGGGGGAGAUCCCGUGGAACUACACCAAGUUUUUGGUGGGGCGGGACGGGAAGGUGCUGCGGCGGUACUCGCCCGGGGACCCGCUCGAGCAAGGGAUGGAGAAGGACGUCAAGCGCGCGCUCGCGGGGGAACCGCUCCGGGCGAAACCCCGGGGGGUGCUCGGGUAGACGAGACGAAGCGAAAGAUGCCGAUUGAUGAUUCAUCGCAUGGCCACCCACUCCACCACCCACCCACGAGAAGAAGGCGAGAAGAAGCGACCGCAUCAACCGCCGCGGUCGGGAGCGCGCGAACGCGAGCGAGGGGAGGGUUUUCCCUCUCCCGCCCGCCGAGCGUCGAAGAAAAAAGAAAACGUGACGACGCCCGACCGAAUCCGCCGCGAGGCGGAGGACGGCGCGUUCGAUGCCAUCUUCGACGCGCUGCGCGCUACCCCGACGUGGACGGCGACGCGAACGCUUCCGCGGGAAGCGCCCGUUGUAACAUCACUCACGCGAAUGUGUGUUAAAC